AACGUGGGAUGAAAGUGGGAGUAGUUGAUUUAUCCCUUCUAGAGACCGUUGACGAAGAAACGUCGAAGCGGACCUCUUCCACGCGCUAACCACACUCCGUCGUAUAAAACUUUUGAUUCGAUAAUCGAUCGAAGCUGUAAAUCGAUUCCUUUCGAACCCAGAUUCCACUUUUCCCGGAAAAAAAAACAUAAGAUUCAAACCCAGCUCGAGAAAAGGAGAGAAAAAUGCACGAUUUCUGCUUCACUAUCCCGUACGGGAUGCUUCUGAUGGUCGGGGGAUUUAUCGGGUAUUUGAAGAAAGGGAGUAUCGCAUCUCUCGCCGGAGGUGCGGGUACUGGAUUGCUUGUCGUUCUCGCUGGUUUCAUCAGCCUUAAAGCUUUCGAGAAGAAGAAGACUUCUUCUCUCGCUGUUGUUCUCGAGACAGUCAUUGCAGCUGCUCUCACACUUGUCAUGGGACAACGGUUCUUGCAGACUCAGAAGAUUAUGCCUGCUGGUUUGGUUGCUGGAAUCAGUGCUCUCAUGACCUGUUUCUACGUAUACAAGAUCGCGACUGGCGGAAACCACAUACCAUUACCACCUAAAGCUGAAUGAUGGUUAUGCAUCUUUGUUUUGCAAUGUAGUCACACAAUCUCCUCCUUUGUUUUAAAUAAGGUAUAUGAAUUUGUCGAUUUAGAAAUAUGUGUGGUGUAGACAAUGUUGUUGUGGUUACACCAUAAUAGGUUGGAUUGCCUUGGUUCCUAAGCGAUCAUCGUUUUUUUCUGUCUCUGAGAUUUUGUUCCUAAUGUAACCCUGAAUCGCUUUAACAGAUCUAUUUUUCUUGGUUUAUAUAUGAUUUGUUUCACAUGAUA